CUCUCUCUUUCAGUCUGAUGCUUGACGCUGCUGGAGACGGAUCUCGGUACUCUUUCCUGCUUCUCUUCGGGAUUCGCUCUCUCUUCUCUACAAGAUAAGGGCAAAGAAACCAGAAAAAUCAAGAGGAUAAAGCAGCAGAUAAAUGGAUGAAUGAAGGAAAAAGUGACUUGGUAGAGGCAGGACAAGUAAAAGAAGAAAAAAAGAUAGAAACCAGCCUGAAGGAGAGAGGAGAAUUCUAAAAAUACAGCCCAGCUUACUCCCGGCAUUCUGUUAUUUUCUCUCUCUCUCUCUCUCUCUCUCCUUUGUCCCCUCCUUCAUUCAGUACCUGUUCUGUGGGAUUAACAUGACUUAAAAUUCAAUCAGCCUGACGGAAGAGCGACAGAGGAGGCAGACAGAGCGCUGCAGCUGUCGAGACCGAGUGAGGGGAGAGAGAGAGAGGGAGAGAGAGAGAGAAGGGAGAUAGACAGAGAGAGAUAGAGAUAGAGAGGAGAGAGAAAGCGAUGGGUGUUUUUCCACGGAGCUGAGAUAGAGUGAGAGCCGCGGAGACAGAGCGAUGUGAUGGUUCCAGGAGUCGUGGUGGAAUGAUCCGGAAAACAAGGUUUUCUAACCUUCCUUCCCUCCAUCUCUCCUGAUUCCCCCCUUUUCUUCCUUUACAUCCCUCCAAGGUCAUCAAUGAGCCACUAAUUCAGGGUGGGAGAACAAAAUGGAUCGCACUGUGUAAAGUGUAAAGAGCUCCUGAGGUUCCCUCCUGGAAGCAAGAAAAAAAACCACACUUAAAGGAUGAAGAAAUAAGAGAGCAAGCCAGACGAAUGAAUAAGAGGAGAAGAGCUGAGUGAGGAAAGGGGGAGAAGGUGAGGAAGGGGAGGUGAAGAUCGCCGCCUGGAUUCUCCCUGCUCGAGAACGUAGAGAAAAGUUGAAUGCAGCCAUGAGGAAAUCAUAUCAAGACACCAUAAAUAGGAUUUUAAGCAAAGUGGAUUCUUGGAUUUUUUCCCAAACUGAGGUCUCUAUUUCGGAAUAUGGCGCCGGGAUUCAGCGAGUAAUUCAGGAUUUUCCAGGUUUUCUUCAUCUAUAGAAGCCUAAGAGGAUAUUGUGGGAUUGGAAUUUCUUCAACUCUCUGGUUGUCUGACACUGACCUACAUCUGCCUGCGUUUGAUGUGUGCGGCAGCGUGGAGGGGAGUAGGACAGGUUUCAACACAAGCACACAAAACACCCCCCGACCCUGAAACAAGCACAAACACCUGGGGCGAGAUCUGUGCUAAACACUAACACACACACACACACACACACAACCUGGAUAACAUGUGGAGCUGAUUCGGAUUAUAGAGCCGCACAGACGGAAAAGGUCUGUGGAUAGCCAGGCGUUCUACCAUGCCUGUCCCCCCACCCCUCCAUCCCCGCAGACAGAAACACCCGCCCCAUACACACCUCCACCCCGAGCAGCUGGCAGCAGGCUCCACCUCCCCCUCCGCCCUCCCUCCAUCCACCCUCUCUCUGUCUCUUCUCCCCCCUUUUCUGGUCUCAUCUUUGCCCUCCUCAUCCCAUCUCAUCCACUGCGCCUGCCCCCGGGCGACCAAGAGAACCCUUCCAGACUCUGUCCCGUUCCCGGCGUUUCACUGGCUGACGCUGGUCACAUGCUGCCUGCUGCCGUCUCUGAUUGGAGCAGGGGAGACGUGGGGCGUGGUCUCGGCCUGUCCUUUCCACUGUGUGUGUCGAAACCUCUCGGAAUCGCUCAGCACCCUCUGUGCCGACAAGGGCCUCCUGUUCGUCCCGCCGCACGUUGACCGGCGCACGGUGGAGCUGCGACUGGCCGACAACUUUAUAAUGGAAGUGGGCGGAAAUGACUUUGUCAACAUGACCGGAUUGGUUGAUUUGACACUGUCGAGGAACACCAUCCACCUUAUCCGACCAAUGGCCUUCGCUGACCUCGAGAGUUUGCGCUCUUUGCAUCUGGACGGUAAUCGCUUGACAACUCUUGGACCCAGGGACCUCGCAGGUUUGAUCAAUCUGCAACACCUGAUUGUCAACAACAACCAGCUGGUCAAAGUCUCGGUUCAGGCUUUCGACGACUUCUUACUCACACUGGAAGACCUCGACAUGUCCUACAACAACCUCAGGAGGGUACCAUGGGAGUCAAUCCAGAACAUGGCCAGCCUGCACACUCUGAACUUGGACCACAACCUGAUAGACCACAUCGCCGAAGGAGUUUUUGGAGAGCUGUACAAACUCGCAAGGCUGGACAUGACCUCCAACAGGCUCCGAACGCUGCCUCCUGAUCCUCUCUUUGCAAGGUCUCAGACAGGUGCAAUAAGUCCCACACCCUACAAUGCCGUCAUAAGCCUGAAUUUUGGGGGAAACCCGCUGCACUGCAACUGUGAGCUGCUUUGGCUGAGGCGACUGAUCCGUUCAGAUGACAUGGAGACGUGCGCCACUCCUGUUCACCUGGCUGGAAGAUAUUUCUGGUCUAUUCCUGAGGAGGAGUUUACAUGUGAACCUCCACUCAUCACACGUCACACCCACAAGCUGUGGGUGCUGGAGGGCCAGCGAGCCACGUUGAAAUGCAGAGCCAUUGGUGACCCAGAGCCGGUAGUUCACUGGGUGUCGCCAGAUGAUCGCAUCAUCGCAAACUCAUCCCGGACCAGCUCCUUCAGCAACGGCACCCUGGAUAUUUUGGUAACAGUUGCCCGGGAUGACGGGGCGUACACGUGUAUCGCAAUAAACGCAGCCGGUGAAGCAACCGCCACUGUGGAUCUGAAAAUCAUCCCCCUGCCUCACCGGGGUGGAGUAGGUGGAAACACGGGGAGCAACACUGUUAACACCCAGAACAAUAGGAACGUGACCAAUGGGAUUUUACGGACCGAUCCAGGCUCUUCGGAUAUCAGCACAGGAAAAAACGGAGGAAUUAACAAUGGCGUGGGACGUGGAGGGGAAACGGAGGAUGGGAGAAAAAGUGUGGGGGAAGAGGAUGAGGGCGACAGUGGGAGGGCCUCCGAGGUGGAGAGGGCUGAUGGAGGAAGCAUGGAGGACGACGAGGGGGACGAAGAGGAAGGAAGGAUGGUUGGAGUACAGGGAGUGACAUCAACCUCGGCUCAAGUCCGAUGGGAUUUGGGGCGUUUGUCUACAGCUUAUGUUGUCUGGAUGUAUCAGAUACAGUACAACUGCACCGCAGAUGAAACCCUCAUCUACAGAAUCUUACCAUCGACCAGUGACCGCUUCCUACUGAAGAACUUGGUCUCCGGUGUGGACUACAACCUGUGCGUGCUGGCUAUCUUCGAUGACACAAUCACAUCAUUAGCCGCAACAAAAGUCCUGGGCUGCACCACAUUCUCCACCAAGGAUGUUUACCCAGCAUGCCGCUCCCUCCAAGCCCACUUCCUGGGUGGGACACUCACCAUACUGGUUGGCGGCGUUGUUGUGGUCACCCUGCUUGUGUUUACCGUGGCACUCAUGGUGCGCCACCGUGUUUGCAAUCACAGCGACCACAUGAUAUGUCACAACGGCAACACAGAGGCAGGAGGCGGGGCCUGCUGUCAGGGUGGAGGUGGAGGGGGCGGAGACAAAGGGGGAAACAGCAGUGGGUGCUACCAGUCAAAUGGUUCUGGAGACAUGAUGAUGGUGGUCCUGCCCAAUGGUCUGCCCUCCAAGAGAGGAGGGGAGAAAGACAAGGAGAAGGAGAAAGAAGUUGCUGAUUCUGGUUCUUCUCUGCCUCCCAAACUGCCUCCAAAGCCCAGGCCAAAGCCUAAAGUCAACCUGGAGCAGUUUCUUUCAACUGGGGGGGUAGUUUCCACCACGACGGGGACAGGAAGUGAGAUGGCACUAGUGGUGAGGCAGCGGAAGCUGGAGAAGGCGCCUCCUUACACCCUGGAAAGCGACAGAACUCCUCUCUACUACUCCCCCUCUCCUCCAUCUACCCUGCCCCGUCAGUCUCGUUCCAGGGAGCGCCCCAAACCCCGUCUGGAGCGAGAACUGACAAAUCGUGCCAGUUUCUCUCUGGCGGCGCCUCUCAGAGACUCUGAGCUGUUGGACUGGAGAAUCACACCCAGAGGUAGGGACAAAUGGAACUCCUCACAGGCUUAUCAGAGCCCAGUAUCCCCUCUGAGCCCUGCCUGUGGGACCGUAAGCAAACGGCGGCACUCGCUGGACAUGGGCUCCUCUGUUGCCCUGGCGACCGAUGCUGCAGCGACAGUCGCCAGGCGUUACGGUGCUGUCAGUUAUGCCAAGCGGCUAAGUGUGAUCUGGACGAGGCGGAGUCAGUCGCUCCAUGGGAUGCUGGUGCAGUGUGCCUCGACCACGAGCACGACUUCAUCAACAACCAGCGAUGAGGGAGAAAACAGUGGGAACUUCGGGGCUCACUGCAAUUUCCAACGGGGAUACAUCCACGCUUACAACACCACCAACUCCAACUCUAACACUGGGAUCACUAUUGGAAAAUCAAGUAACGUUAAAGACAAAAGCAGGGAGAAAGGGAAGGAUGGAAAGAGUGCAGAAGAACUGGAGGAGAGUGUUGUAUAGGGGUUGUGGAGUGGGGAAAAAAACUCAAGAGGGAUAAAGGUUUCUGAGAAAGGACAGUUUGAAUGAGAUGCUGAUUUGUGAAGGUCAAAGAGGUACAGUCUUAAGAGAAAUUGAGGAAGAAGAAAGGGAAGACAAAGUGAUUGUAGAUGAGGGCUGGAUGGUACUGAGUUCAGAGGAAGGGAGAUGAGUAAAUCUGACUUUAGUCUCACUUGUGCAGCUCCUUGAUUUGUCCAGCGAGAAGUUCAGAAAAAUGAAGAGCAGAAAAGUACACUGGGAAAUGAGGUGAAGAUUUUUAAGAAAUCUCUUCGUGACCUGAAGGGUUUUGGGCAGAAAACAUAAGCAGGGAGAAAGAUGGAGAGACUAGCAAAAACAUUGUGGGAGAGGGUUGAAAAUGGUCUUUAAAUACUCAAGGCUGAGACAUUUCUGAUACAACAAAAAAAGAAAGCAGCUGCACGAAAACAUAACUCAAAAAUCUCGACAAAGGAAAUGACAAAUGUGGCAAGAGAGGGUGAGCGGUAUAUAGUUACAAAGAGAGGGAGAGACGUAAUCAAAGAGAGGAAAACAUCAAUAGAACAACAGAACAAAGGUUAUAUAGCAGAGACAGCGAUGUCGUGAGCUCAGCGUGGAUCUCAGUAAAGCCUAUACUCUAAUAGAACCAGACUUUUGCUAACACUUCAAUUCUCCAGAGUCCCAGCCCCCACACCACCACAAGGAUUUACACUGGAUCAAAAACAACAACAACACGACUGAUAAUACUGGAGAAACGCUCUUCUCUGACAAAAACACAACCGUUUUUUUUUUUUUUUUAAAAAGGUUUGGAUGGCAUCGCCCUGCGUUAAUUGGCUUUUGACUCCAACACUGGCAGCCAUUUUAAAACUCUUUUCCAAAAUGCAAUGAAUGUGACUUAUGUGUCCUCUGUGUCUGGACAAUGAUUUUGGCUCGCUGUGCCUGUGGAUUAUGGGAGUAUAAAUACAGAGCCGGGUGCAUUGGACACGAUCAAUCGAUACAAGCUGGAAACAGCGAGUGCAGCACAGACAUCAUUAAAAGAAAGACAUUGGGAUUACAAUGGAGUCGAUAUGGAUUACAAAAUGGUGGAGACAGGGGUGCACAAUGGAACAUGUGAGCGUGUGCAUUUCUGAAAGACAAGAUCAUAUUGGAUGUCAGUUGAUAAUGGACCAAAAAUGAAUAAUGCUAAUGGAUGCAUAAGUGUCCAAGCCUUGAUGGAUUGGGGACAGGAUGUGUAUUAGCGUGUGCACAUGUACAUGAAUGUUUGUUCGGGGCAAUCCAGUCAACCAGACUCCAUUUAGCUCAUGUUUAAAAAUGUUGUGCUUUUCUGGGCGUGGUGUAAAAAGAAUAAAUCUAAGAAUUUAAGAUUAGCGGUGGUCAUGCGCUCCAAUGUAAGGGGAAGCAGGAGUGAAAUGUUUCACGGCAACCUCUAUAAAUCGCUAUUUUCAGCAAUGUAGCAUGAGCAGAAAGUGGCAACUGUUGAGGGGGAAUCAAAACUUCAAAUUCAUUUUGUGUGACUUUCGACUCCUUUGUGCCACAUAGGUUCAUGUUAAAUCCAAACUGUGAAUGUCAUCAGAAAGGAAGCAGUAAAAAAAAAAAAAAAAAAAACACAAAAAGAGAGAGAGAAGCACUACGGAAGCCACUAACGCUUUGUUGGAAGACUACACCGACACAGACCACAGACUCUUCAAAACUUCUAACAAAGUGAAAAAAAUAAAAGAGAAAACUUGAAAGUAAAUAUAUAUAUAUAAAUAUAUAUAUAUAUAUAUAUAUAAAAAAUAACAUUACUUGUCACACCAUGUGUUUCUGUUUUUCAAAGUUUUCUGGGGAAUGAUGUUAGGAUCAAACGCAAAACAUGAAAUGUGUGGUUUUUUGUUUUAGACGAAAAAUCCGGAUUAGAACAGAAAAAUGUUGAUUAUAACUAGGCAGCAAAAUAAAGAUAAAAAAAAAGACACUGAAUAAGCACACAGCACAAAACACACAAACUGGCAAGCACAUACAUCCUAAAAACACUCAGACACACACAGAUGCCUAUAAAACAGAGCCAACUACAUUAAUAAUAAUGAAUUUUAACCAUUAAUGUUGUUUCCUUUCUGUUUUUAUUUCAUUUUGCCAAAGUCAAUAUUGUUCUAUGGACUUGAUAUAAAUAAUAAAAACUACAUGUAUGAAA